AUGAAGGAUCCAAAGGAGAAUCCCUCUAAUGGAAUUAGACCUACACACCAAAUAGAAAAAAUGAAGAACUCAAGGAAUGAACAAGAGGUCAUUGGUGAUCAAUAUGGUAGUUGCUUAUGGUGGAUGACAUAUGGGUCAUUGGUCAACAUGUUGCUUAUGGUGUCCAUGGAUGACAUAUGGGUCAUUGGUCAACAUGGCAAUUGCUUAUGGUGUCCAUGGAUGACAUACGGGUCAUUGGUCAACAUGUACUUCUUCAAAGAUGCAAUCAAGAAAUCAAAGGAAAUCGCUAACAGACAUGCCAUUGGAAGUGAUGGAGAAAAUAAUAGUCGACUUGGAAAAAAUUUCAACAGUCGAGGCUUUCUGGAUGAAGAGUGUGUAGUUGCAGAUUCUUUAAAGAAGCAGGAAAAACGGAUGAAAUAUAUAAACAUAUGGAGGUAG